GAGUCUGACGAAGGAGAGCUGAGGUCCAGAGUCUUGGAUCUGAGAGAUAAGGUACCCUCUGGACUCCUGGAUCUGAGCAAGGAGGAACUGGGGUCUAGAUUCUUGGAUCUGAGAGAUAAGGCACCUCCAAGUAGACAGAGCACCUCAUCUUGCCAUCAUGAGCACCACCACAGGGCCUGAAGCUGCACCCAAACCAAGUGCAAAGUCUAUCUAUGAACAGAGGAAACGUUACUCCACAGUGGUUAUGGCUGAUGUGUCCCAGUAUCAUGUCAAUCACCUGGUCACCUUCUGCUUGGGGGAGGAAGACGGCGUGCACACUGUGGAAGAUGCUUCCAGAAAGCUGUCAGUCAUGGACAGCCAGGGGCGCGUCUGGGCACAGGAGAUGCUACUGAGAGUGUCACCUGGUCAUGUCACUCUGCUUGAUCCGGUCUCCAAGGAGGAACUAGAGUCAUAUCCUCUCGAUGCCAUAGUACGCUGUGACGCGGUGAUGCCCCGAGGACGAAGCCGUUCGUUGCUGCUCCUAGUGUGCCAAGAGCCAGAGAGAGCACAGCCGGAUGUCCAUUUCUUCCAGGGCCUGCUCCUUGGGGCGGAGCUGAUCCGUGAAGACAUCCAAGGGGCUCUGCAGAACUACCGCUCCGGACGUGGGGAACGCAGGGCAGCAGCACUCAGGGCGACGCAGGAGGAGCUGCGACGCGGCGCCUCUCCAGCUGCAGAGACCCCGCCCUUACAGCGUCGCCCGUCUGUCCGCGCGGUGAUCAACACCGUGGAACCAUCCGCGGUUCGCGGGCGACCCCAAGUGGAGCCAGUUCCAGAGACUGAGGAUGCGAGGAAACCGGACCCAGCGCGCACGACUAGCAACGCCGAUUGCACCUCCCCGGACCUGGGCCCAAGGGGUCCUGAGUUGGCGGGUCUGCAGGCAGAGAGGGAUGUGGAUAUCCUGAACCACGUGUUUGACGACGUGGAGAGUUUUGUAUCCAGACUGCAAAAGUCAGCAGAGGCUACCCGGGUUUUGGAGCACCGCGAGCGCGGCCGCAGGACACGACGCCGGGGUGCCGGAGAGGGCCUGCUGACACUGAGGGCCAAGCCACCUACCGAGGCUGAAUACACCGACGUGCUUCAGAAAAUCAAAUACGCCUUCAGUCUACUGGCCCGGUUGCGCGGCAACAUCGCCAACCCCUCCUCUCCAGAACUGUUGCACUUUCUGUUCGGACCUCUGCAGAUGAUUGUGAACACUUCAGGCGGCCCUGAGUUCGCGAGGACUGUGCGACGGCCGCAUUUGACGUUGGAGGCUGUGGCGCUGCUCCGCGACAAUGUCACUCCUCGUGAAAACGAACUAUGGACCUCGCUGGGGGACUCCUGGACCCGCCCAGGGGUGGAGCUGCCCCCUGAAGAAGGGUCUCCCUACAGUCCAGAAUUCUACAGCGGCUGGGAGCCUCCAGCCACUGACCCGCAGGGCCGCCCCUGGGAGGACCCAGUGGAAAAACAACUACAACACGAGAAGCGGCGCAGGCAGCAAAGCGCCCCGCAGGUCGCGGUCAAUGGUCACCAAGAUCCAGAACUGGAAACUGAGUCUCAGCUAGAAGAGAAAGCCAGAAAAUGGGUUCUGUGUAAUUAUGACUUCCAGGCCCGAAAUGGCAGCGAACUCUCUGUCAAGCACCGAGAUGUGUUGGAGGUCCUGGAUGACAAGCGCAAAUGGUGGAAGGUUCGGAACCAUCAGGGACAAGAGGGCUAUGUACCCUAUAAUAUCCUGACACCCCACCCUGGACCCCAGGUGCACCGCAGCCAAAGCCCUGCAAGAAACCUAGAGACUAGCACACCUCCUCCCCCACCUGCCCCAGCUCCAGCCCCCACUCAGGUGCGGCCCCAGUGGGACAGUUGCGACAGUCUAAACAGUUUGGACCCCAGCGAGAAGGAGAAAUUCUCCCAGAUGCUUUGUGUCAAUGAGGAGCUGCAGGCGCGCCUGGCGCAGGGCCGUUCGGGUCCCAGCCGGGUAACCCCGGGGCCCCGAGUCCCGGAGCCCCAGCUCAGCCCGCGCUCUGAGGCCUCGGUGGUCCGUGCCUGGCUGCAGACCAAGGGCUUUAGCUCCGGGACUGUGGAUGCGCUCGGCGUGCUGACUGGGGCACAGCUCUUCUCGCUGCAAAAGGAAGAGCUGCGGGCGGUGUGUCCCGAGGAAGGGGCGCGAGUGUACAGCCAAGUCUCUGUGCAGCGCGCGCUGCUGGAGGACAGAGAAAAAGUAUCAGAGCUGGAGGCCGUGAUGGAGAAGCAAAAGAAAAAAGUGGAAGGCGAGACCAAAACAGAAGUCAUUUGAUCCUGGCUCGUUCACAAAACGUGAUGAGACGGUGGAGUUCCCAGCACCCCGUAGGACAACCGUCGCCAGACUCCUCCCCAUCGCCAGUGGCAGUAGAUGUCCCACCCUGGGUUCCCCGCCAUCCUGGCGGGCAAACUGUACUGACCGGAACCCUUCCAGAGGGACUGAUGGGAACGGGAAAGGGGACGGAGCAUAGACACUACCAGAGAGACAUGCCCAAGAGGCGCAGUGAUGGCCCUCCCUGUGCGUUGUGAUGCGCUAUAAACAGCCUCCUUUUAGGCUAUGUCCACCUGCUGUCCCCCUCUCUUGCCGGCUACCAAGGAGCCAAGAAUCUAGGGGACACUCCAUAUUUUCUAUCCAUAAACCUGGGGAUUCCAGGCUUCCUCUUAAGCACCAAUCUAUCCUUGCUCUAGCAGUACCUACAAUCUCUCUGGUUAAAAACCCUUUCCUGGCUCCUCGCUGUUCUCCGUCCUGUCACCUAGCAUGAAGCCUGAAGGUGUCUCCUCUCACCCUCCAUUUUGGGCCAACCCCUUCCAUCACAGGCAUUUUGCACUUACUACUUCUGCUGGUUGGAGCAGCCUCCAUCAUUCUGGCUCAGCUCACCUGCAUGCUAUGGAUGCUUGUGCCAGCCACCAAGGGUCCAGCUGUGGAGAUCUGGAUAUUUCCUGGGCAUGCUAUAGGCUCUUGAGUCUUCCAGUCCCCUCGAGAACUUUCUCCCUGCUAAGUCCUUGUCCAGUUUCUUUAGGUGGCUGAUAAGAGCUUGUUUUCUCAUUCAGACUAGAUAUCCCUAAGGUCUUUCUUUUUCUGACCCUGGCACUUCUUGCAUCCCUAAAACACUUCCAAGAGUCCCACCAGUGCCCUCUACCUCUGCGGCCUCUGCUCCCGAAGCAGUUCAGUUCUUACCUGAGCCACCAGGUGGCACACCUCAAAUCCAACCUAGAAAAGCCAGCCUUUUGGCUGACAGCUUCACUAUACCCACUUCCUUCUAGAACAUUAACCACUGCAUGCAGAUAUCCUUCCCUGUCUACUCAAGUAUGUCCCUUGGCUUCUCCUGACAGAUGGGAUAAAACCUAACCCCAGCACGAGAGUUGAUGCACAUGACCACUCCAAGUUCAGGAUCCCCUUCCUCCCCUUUCAGGACUCCAGGCAAUGGUUCAUGCUGUUGGCUCUGCCAGGAAUGCCCUGGCCCUCCAGAGUCUAAUCAGUGCCCGUCAUUCCUUAUGCCAAGGUUGGGUGGUUAGUUAGUUGAUUGGUUUUGUUGGAGACAGUCUGGAUACAGCCUCAAAGGCUCAAUCUUGUUUCAGUUUCCUGAAUGCUGGGAUUCCUGGCAGACACCCUGCUGCCUUCUUUUCUAAGAGAAACUAAAAACACAAGCAGUUUGCCCAGACUGUUUUUGAUUCCUGUAGUGAGCUCCCAGGCUGCAGGUUACACUGCAGGCAGGGACCAGCUAGCUUUCCCUGUACUUCAGUUGCCUGUAGCUCUUUCUGGUCUGGAAUGGCAUCAUUUCUAUCUGCUUAUCCUGA